AUGCUGCUUGAUGAGCAAAACAACCUAAAGAUUGCAGAUGUUGGACUCUCCAGGCUUAUGACUACUGCUGGAAACACCAACGUGAUUGCCAUUGCAGGCAUGCUAGGUUAUAGUGCACCAAAACUCUCCAAAAUCAACAAUGAAAGUACCAAGACUGAUGUCUAUAAUCUUGGAGUGAUCAUUUUGGAGCUCUUAACUGGAAAAUCACCUAGCGAGGCUAUGGAUGGUCUUUCUUUUCCACAUUGGGUAGCUUCCAUUGUGAAAGAGGAGUGGAUUAAUGAAGUGUUUGAUGUUGAACUUAUGAGAGAUGCACCUAAUAUUGGUGAUGAGUUUCUUAAUACAUUGAAAUGGAUUUGCCCUGUGUCGAUCCCACACCAACUACUUGGCCAGAAGCUCCACAAGUACUACAGAAAUUGGAGGAGAUAA